GGACGCACCCCCUUUCAGCCGCAGCCAAUGGGAGGGUGUUGCUAGGGCGCAGUAACCAAGGAGUCCGUGACUGCGGCUUGCGGCCUACCCGAAACUGAGGCCUGGCCUAGGAGUAGCCAGGUUAUUACCGAUGGAGUGACGAGGCCCAUGGGCUUCAGAACCGAGCGGGAGGAGUCAUGGUCAAACUACGAGCCAAAUGUGUGCUGGCUGGUGACUCCACUGUUGGGAAGAGUGCACUGGUGCAUGCGUUUCGCAGUGAAAGUGCUCACUUUCUGAAGAAUUAUACUCUGACAACUGGAGUGGAAGUCUUUGUUAAUCCGGUACCCAUCCCAGACACUGCUGACUGUGUGGAACUCUUCUUAUUUGAUUCUUCAGGGAAAGAAAUCUUCUAUGACAUGGUGGAAAGCCAGUGGGAGCUUGUGGCUGCCAUUUGUCUUGUGUACGACAUCACCAGUGAGGCGUCCUUUAACAGUUGCACAAAAUGGUUGGAGAGGGCCCGAGCCCAGGCACCCAGUGGCCAGCUGGCAGGAGUUCUUGUGGGCAAUAAGACGGAUUUAGCAGGGAGGCGUACCGUGGAGUACAGCCAGGCACAGGAAUGGGCAGCGGGCCAGGGCUUGGAAUACUUUGAGACCUCUGCGAAAGAGAUGGAGAACUGCGAUGCUCCAUUUCAGAGUCUUGCCAAAGCAUUUCACCGCAUGUAUGAAGAGAAACUGGGACACAUCCAGUCCAUUGUCUGACCCUCUCCCCUCACAGGCAGGCCCUGCAGAGGCCCUGCAUUAUAUCCAAAGACAUCCCUCCCCCCAACUUCAAUCAUGAAGACAUAGCAACUCUUGCUUGUACCAGAGUGUAGUAUUCUGUGUUGACCCCUGUGUUUUCCAUUUCUCCUGUGACCCAUCCUACUCUGGUCUGAGCGGGGCCACACUGUGUCCUUUUAUAUAGCUCUGUUUCCAUGUGUCUGUCUGUCUAUCUGUUCUGCUUCUAAUCUCUGUACAAUAACCCUAGGUAAGGGUGAGGUGAAAUUAGCCAGGCUUCAUACCCUCUCUGUGCCUGUGUCUCUGACACUGUUUCUUUGUCUCUCCUUCUCUCUCUCUCUCUCUCUCUCUCUCUCUCUCUAUAUGCACCAAUUAGUCAAACAGAAGAGGUACCACAUGAUCCACUGCAACACCACAUACACGGUGCUGCAUUUUAAGCAGCAGUUGGGGGUUGUAAAAGCUCCAAGCUUCACCUUGGGUGGGUACUGUUAGGGGUGAGGGUGUGGGGUUAUUGUUACCACUGGGGAAGGGUUUCCUGCGAAGUAAUUCAGCUGAUAUGACAGUGAUUCGGUCUGUGUUCCGUGACCAAUACAGACAUUAGGUUGGCAGGCCACAGCCUUCUCUUUCCCAGGAUCCUGUGGGUCACGGAGUGGAGGGAGAGGACCACAUAUCCAUCAGUUGUUGCAUUGUAUUAGUUUUAAAGCUCCUGCUCGAUUUUGUGGAGUAUCUUUUACACAGCCGUUUUUAUUAAAAAGAAAAUCCACUUCACAA